GCCCCUAGCGGCCGGCACCAGUACUGCCCGUUUGAUUACUCCCAGCGUCGGACCCACACAUCUCGAGCAGCGCAGUGUUGUCGAGGCUGGAGAGCGGUCAGGCGUGUGGGCAGGCGGCCGUAGCUCCUCCAUCCUUCUCGCAGCACCACCACCACAAGCACCGAGCGGACUACAUUGACGAGUUACCCCGGCCGGCGCACACCCUUGCCUGCCCCCCCACCUCCCUCCUCCCCCUGUCUGCGCUCCGGUGCCUCCACUGCAGGGCCUCGUCUUCCUCAGCCUGCUGGGGGAAAGUGGGUGUUUGCUGCUCACUGGUGUUUCGGCAGCAGCAGCGGCGGCGGCGGCGGCGUGAAGUGUCCUCGAUGGCUGGCUGGAAGGACGGCUCGGUGCAGGAGAAGUACCGUCUGGUCGUGGUCGGAGGCGGAGGCGUCGGGAAAUCAGCCUUGACUAUUCAGUUUAUUCAGUCUUACUUCGUCACCGACUAUGAUCCCACAAUCGAAGACUCUUACACCAAGCAGUGCGUGAUUGAUGAGAGGCCAGCCAGGCUGGAUAUCCUCGACACGGCUGGACAGGAAGAGUUCGGAGCCAUGAGAGAACAAUACAUGAGGACAGGGGAGGGCUUCCUGCUCGUCUUCUCAGUCACCGACAGAGGAAGCUUUGAAGAAAUCUACAAAUUCCAAAGACAGAUUCUGCGAGUCAAAGACAGGGAUGAAUUCCCCAUGAUCCUCGUAGGAAACAAGGCAGACCUGGAGCUGCAGAGACAAGUAACCCAGGAAGAGGGUCAGCAGCUGGCCCGACAGUUAAAGGUCACAUAUAUGGAGGCUUCAGCUAAAAUCCGAAUGAACGUAGACCAGGCUUUCCACGAGCUGGUUAGGGUAAUCAGGAAAUUCCAAGAGCAAGAAUGUCCACCGUCGCCGGAGCCUACGGGAAAGGAGAAAGACAAAACCGGCUGCCAUUGUGUGAUCGUCUGAGUCUGCCUUAUCACUGUUAACUCAUGCAGCUAAUAAAAUCCCCCCUCCCCCCCCCCCGCCCCGCCCCACUCUGCCUGACAUUACAUCCCAAGUGGAUGACUGACCGCUGCCUUCUCCAUGUGCAUGACUUCAGACAGCCUUUUCUGAGUUACCUUGGACCAGGAACCGCUGUUUCCAGGACAUCGCUAUGGGACAACUGACAAUGCCAAAUUUUUAACACCACUCUACCUUCAGCUGCGAUCUAAUCCACACGAGAGAGUACCAACACUAAACAUUGCCUUCUUAAAUCAGCCUGUCAAAUUCAAUGUUUUGUACUCUGAAGGACUCCUCUUGCCUUGUAGUGACGUUUGUACUUGCUGCCGAGAUUGAAUGAAAUCUAUAUAUCCAGAAUGUUAACGACUUUUCUUUAGUUCCCAGGGUCCGACCAGAGCAGAGAGAUUAUCUUACGAAGCUUUGUGUAUGUUGUGCCAUAUCCACCUUUACUCCCCAUGUGCUAAUCUGCUACUGUACAUAUGUGACAUUUGUUGUGAUUUUAAAAGUGUAUUUCUAAUGACCUAUUAAAUCACCACAGUGCAGUGUGUGAGGUUGAGUUUGGUUUUACAUAUAAGAAACUGAAUAUGUAUGUAUAUAAAUGCAAUUCCUAGGCAUCCCUUAAUGCUAUAUUGAGACAUAUUUCUGGCAGUCUGCAGUGGAUAACCUUUCCCCUUUUUUAUGCUUUCAGUUAAACUGCCAAAUAUUGGAUUGUCUGCUGUAUUUGAUUUCUUUUUUUUUUUUUUUCAAGUCUUAUAGAUUGAAUGAUUGUAAUCAUAUUCAAUAUCCACGACAUAAAAAGUAGCAAGUUUGCCUCAAUUUUUCUUGCCCAAUAGUGGAACCUCAAUCAGUACAAAUUCAGAAAUUGUGGGAGCAGAUUAGGAGCAUCUGGUUUCAGCAUACGGUUGAAACCAGAUAUUGUUCAAUACCUGCAUAAAAAGACACAACACAUUUUGUCUCGGUGUCUGAAAUCAAAUCAAACAUUUGCUGUUUUGGUUCAGUUAGGAUUAUCAGUAUUAUUUUUUGUUUGCUUAAAGCCUGAAUUAUAAGAAAUGUUUGCUUUUUCAGUCUUUAAAUUUAGAAGUUUACAUGCAUUUCCUUAUUAAUUGGUGGAAUUACCUUUUUAAACUGACUUGGGAUCACACAUUUUGGCUUUGCUCCAAAAGCUUCUCACAAUACUUUUGGCCCAUUCCUCCUGGGUGAGUCAGGUUUGUAGGCCACUUUGGAUACACAAACCUUUUCUAGCACAUUUAAACAGGACCGAGAAGUUUGUGAUGGCCGCUGGGGACACUUGAGUUUGCAGUCAAGCCUUUUCUUACGAAUGUAACGAUGGUCAAUUAUAGACAUUCUUAUUUGUUUCGCCACACCAUGCAGACUGUCUCAAAAAGUUAAGGUCUUUGUCACUCUGUGUUUAGAAACUCCAAUGUGGCUUUUUUGUUUCUAUUUGAUAGUGGCUUCUGCAUUUAGCGUGGCCCUUCAGCCUGUUGGAUGCCUGAAAAUUGCAUCCAAAGACGAACCAGAAUUUGUGGAGAUCUGCGGUUUUCUUCCUGACAUCUUGGCCGAUUUCUUUUGAUUUUCCUUCGGAGUUGUACAAACGGCGUGCCUCCAUUUAACCCAAAUGUUGAGUAUUAACUAUUAGAAGUUUACAUAGCCGUGGCAUCAUUAUCACCUGGACUUUCCCAAAUUGUUUAAAGGGUAAUAUUUUCACAUGCAAACUUCUGAAUUUUCAGAAAAUCAUAAAUUUUAUUAUUCUGCCGUUUAGGAAGACAAAAUUCUUUAAAAAAAAUCCUAACUGUACUAAAAAAAGAGAAAUUCUGACCUUAUUUAAUACCAGACACUGAGGACCAAAUUGGUUGCAAGUCUCUUUGUACGUCGUAUGAACACGUCUGGGUUCAACUGUAACCACUGGUAGCAAACUGUGUAGCCUUGAAAACUAGCAUGGUUUCAGACAGAAAAAGGUAAACUGUGCGUGCCCCGCGCUCAGCUUUUCAGCUGGUAGAUCAAUGUUGAAGCCGGCUUGUUGGGAACCAAGAAAGCUUUGCUGCUCAGUUCAGAUCGGUCCAAAGUAGCACAUCAGUUCUGAUUGCUGUUGCGCCUCCAACACCAUGGCAAUGUAUUUGUUUGUGUCCCAGAUUUUUGUCCAUGUCUGCUCUGCUGGUUGUAAAGCCAGGGCUCCGGGGUGCACUUCGUAGGACGUGAUCCCACACCGGAGGAUGUCUAAUCACUGAAGACACAGAACGACGUUCCGCCUUCUAAUUUCUGCUUCUGUACUUCUGUUCGGGCGUUCAGAUUGCAGUGCUGCGGUUUGUUUCACAUAUCCUCAUCUUGUAUUAUAAACAAGACGAUCAGAUGAUGGACUUGAUUAAAUGUUUCUACUCUACUUUUAUACAUUAUUUUCUUAUCAAACCAGUUGAGUAUUUUUAUAUGUUUAUAAGUAAAUACAUGUUCACAGCGCAGGCUGUGUCUAUAUGUAAAGAAAAAUACCUAACUCUUGGUUAUUUUUAACGUGAAGAUGAUUGCUGGCCCAAGUCUAAAAAAAUUGGAUUCUUCACCUAAAUAUGACCAAGCUUUUUUUUUCUUUUAUCUUUUUUUUUUUAGGGUGAGGGGUAUUUUGGGUUUAAAAAGGAAAAAUAUAUUUAUCCUAAGGUGUUAGCCACCAGCUCUGAUUGUGAAAAGUCAGGUCAAAUUGGAAGGUCCUAGAAAUGAUUGUUUAGGUCAUGCAACCUUUUGGUGCAAAGAUUUCCAUGCCCACAUCUCUUAUUGCUAAUCUUACUGAAAUGUACAUCGGCAUCAUUCUGUUUUAUUUCUCUCUCACAUCAGUGUCUUUUGCCCUGUGUCUAGUUUCUGUUGCUAAAAAUAAAAAGUCUAAUUGAGCCAGA